CCCGCCCACCAGCGCCCCUACCUCGCGCCCUCAGCCGGCUCUGGGCUCCCGGGCUGAGACGGCCUAACCGAACCUGUCUAAAGCGCAUUCCUCCCUGCGCUCGCCUGGGCCCGCCGUGGGCGUCACAGGAAGCCGGCAUCUUCAGUCUGUUCGCUUUUCCUGUCCUACCCGUGUAGGAAUGCCUCUCAAAUGCGUGUGGCCAACAUUCAACGAUUCAAGAGCACACUGCUGAAGGACUUCCUGAUCUUAAAAUGAAACCCAACGGAAACAUUAUUUAAUGAAAAAUCUAUGCUUACGGAGUGAAAAUGGCAGGCUUCCUAGACAAUUUCCGGUGGCCAGAAUGUGAAUGUAUUGACUGGAGUGAGAGAAGAAAUGCUGUGGCCUCUGUGGUCGCAGGCAUAUUGUUUUUUACAGGUUGGUGGAUAAUGAUUGAUGCAGCAGUGGUUUAUCCUAAGCCUGAGCAGUUGAACCAUGCUUUUCACACGUGUGGUGUGUUCUCCACGUUGGCUUUCUUCAUGAUAAAUGCUGUAUCCAACGCCCAGGUGAGGGGUGACAGCUAUGAGAGCGGCUGCUUAGGAAGAACAGGUGCUCGUGUCUGGCUCUUCAUUGGUUUCAUGCUGAUGUUCGGGUCACUCAUUGCUUCCAUGUGGAUUCUUUUUGGUGCAUAUGUUACUCAAAAUACAGAUGUUUAUCCAGGACUAGCUGUGUUUUUCCAAAAUGCUCUUAUAUUUUUUAGUACUCUGAUCUACAAAUUCGGGAGAACUGAAGAACUCUGGACCUGAGAGCACUUCUCACAUUGUACCUUCUUUUGUUAUAUUCUACUAGUAGAUAAGUUUUUAUCUCUCCAUAAUUCACACAUUGCCAAGUGGAAUAGAUUGUACAUUCGGUGUUUGAUUUCUUUACAUUUUUAUGCCCUGAGUUUUGAAAUGGUUUUCUGAAGUGUCUGUCUGUCUUUGUCAUCGACUAGACUGUUAUAUGUACACACUAUAUGACUGUAGACCAGAGGCUGAAUAUCAGCUUUCAACUUCCAAGACUUUAAAGUUGACCCAUUCCCUCAGCCAGGAUUAUGUUGUCUUGGCGUUGUCUGAAGAUGUGCAAAUAAUACAGCUGCCCAGAAUAAGCACCAAGCCAUUAAAGAAGGUAUUUCUGCAAGUUAUAAUUUAUUUUGGUUUAGAAGUGAGAUUUUUUUUAAAGGAUAAAAAGCUUGUUCUUACAUAUUAAAGAAGUGGACUUUUUAUAUGAAGAUUUUUUAAAUGCCCAAAGGACUAGUUUGGAAGCCUCUUUUAAAAGGAAUUCCCCUAAAAUGACUUUUAUUUGAGAAGGGAUAAUACAAGAUCACAUAUACUCAGUUUUUUAUGGUUAAUGUAAAAAGACUGUAAGGCAGCUGAGCAGUGUGCUUCCCAUUUUAACUAGAGGCCGACACCCCAGGUUAUCCUUGACAGCCUGCCGUUAGCCCAUGUACUACAGGUAGCUCUGAGACAGAUGCAGCUUAGAAGCAUGAAUCAUAACAAGAAGUAGAAUAAGUAGUGUAAAGAUAAGGCACUUCUUCCAGAGUCGAAUUAUUAUGACCUAGUGCAAAAUUAGACGUUUUACUCACUUAGUUUCUGACUGUGAGUCUCUUUUUAGCUCUCAGGCUUUGGGUGAAGAAUUGCUGCAGACGUGUCUUCUACUGAAAGCUUACACUCCAAUCUAGAGCUCCUUACUGUUUCAGAUGCUGUAUUUUUACUGUGUGUCUUUCUGUGGGCCCUGAUUGCCAGCACUGCUAUUUUGUUGUAAAGAUUUUGUGUUGCACUUUUUACCCCAGAAGGAUUUUAUAGAGCCUUUUGCUGUAAAAAUGAUAUCGGUGGUAGUAUAUGCAACUUCUAAUGCAGCCUUACUGGCAUAACUUCUGUCUUCUCUCUGAGAGGGCCUGCUGUGCACAGAGUAUGAGGCAGCUGCGGAUCGCUGUGCCUUGUCUUAUCGAUAGUGUCUAUUCGUUACUACUUUUUUUGUCUUUCCUCAGAGUGGCAGCUUUGUCUUGCUUCCAACAAACUAAAACUAACCACAUUUCCACUCUUAACAACCUAUUGCAAUAAAUCUUACUUCCCAAACAUGCUAUGUUGUUAAGCGUGCUUGAGGAAAUGAAUCAUAAAGGUUGUUUUUUGUUCAUUUUUCGAGUAUACCUGAUCAAAGAAGCAGCUCCCACUCAUGAAGGAAAGAAGGAAGUGUUACGCAUUCAGACUAAAUUCUAGCAUGAAGGUUUAUGACGGGCAUCCCUGAUGACUGCUGAAAACGGUGGUGUGUCUUUUCUAUGACUCCACCAUGAAUUUUUUUUAAUUGUAAGCAAAUCCAUUCAUUUUAUCUGUUUAUUGUUCUACUAAAAGGGAGAUAAUGGUAGUGCCCUCUCUUACAGAUAUGAGGCAGUAGAAUCCUUGGUAGUCAUCUAAAAAUGUACAUGAUUCUCUCAAUAAAGAUCUCACUGUUACAUAAGUUCAA